AUGGUGAGGAAAUGCUCGCACUGUGGUAACGACGGGCACAAUUCGAGGACUUGCAGAAGUCCCGGGAGCGCAGUAUCCAUCGGCGGGGGGCUGAGGCUAUUCGGAGUCCAUCUUCAGGCGGCGGCCUGCCCUCUGAAGAAGAGCUUCAGCAUGGAAUUCAUGCCCUCCCCUACCACAUCUCCGCCCUCGUCGUCGUCGUCCUCCUCCUCCUCCUCUUCCUCGCUCGUCUUCAUCGAAGAAGCCGCCGACAAGUCGACAGUCGGCUAUCUGUCGGACGGCCUCGCGGGGAGGACGCAGGAGCGGAAGAAGGGUGAGUACCAGAUCAAUCUCAACUCCUCCCCUCUACCCACCCUCCUCCUCCUCCUUCAAGGUCUGGUCUUGAUGGCGCGCACAUCUCUAAAGAGUUAGUUUCCUUCUGUCAGGGGUCCCGUGGACGGAGGAGGAGCACCGGGCAUUCGUCACCGGCCUGGAGAAGCUCGGGAAGGGGGACUGGCGGGGCAUCUCCCGCAACUUUGUCAUCACGAGGACCCCCACCCAGGUGGCCAGCCACGCCCAGAAGUACUUCCUCCGCCAGAACAGCCUCCACAAGAAGCGCCGAUCCAGCCUCUUCGACGUGGUAAUUAAUCAUCCCCAUCUCUCCGCCUAGACCCUGCUCAGGAUCACCGCCGACUGAGACCCUUCCUCUCCCUCUCCCUCUCCCUCGCAGGUCAGCAGCUAUGGGAGCACCGCUCGGCAGCAGCCCCGUGCCCCUCUGCAGAUCGACCUCAACGCCUCCGUGCAGGAAAGCUUGAUGCCUUCGCCGCUCUCCCUCAUGCCGCGCUACCCGGGCCUGCUCCAGCCGGGCUUCCUGGCGAAGCCCCAGCUCCCUCGCCCGCAGCCCAGCUUGGAGCUCACCAUCUCCUCUCCGGUCCCCGCUCGACCCGACCCUUCCCCCAGGAAACCCUCGUUCUUCGCUGCCGGGAGGGGCCUCACGGUGACCUGA